CUGUGCUUAUCAGGCUAGUUCAUUUAAUUAGUGGUCUCAGUUAAUUAGUGUACCUGAUGGUGUACGGUUUCGUGGCAACUAGUGGAGACAAUAGUCUGUGUGAGCUCGAGGCUGUUGUUGUAGUAUAAAAAAAGAGAUAUCUCAACUUCAAGUAGCUAUAUACUGUACUACAGAUAUUAUGCAACAGUUGCUAACAGUCUCAAUCACUCUGCUCCUCUGCACUGUCAUAUAUGGGUAUAAUCCAAACGUACACACACACACACACUGCAGUUCAACGAUGCAGUGCUCAGUCGUGUGUGGCGGCCGGCUACACUAGCUGUUGCAACCAUAACGAUGACCCUAACAACUGCGAAGGACGACCUCUCGGCUUCUGCUUCUGUGACCCUAGCUGCACAGAAUAUGGUGAUUGCUGCGACGACUUGGCAGACGUCUGCAACCCAGCGAAAGAUGCGCUGUAUGCCUCCCUCGAGCCCCAGGCAGUGUACACCACAACCCUCUCCUUCCAGUCUGCCAUAGUCCAUUGGGUAUCAGUGCCAUACAUCAAUGACUCGCACGCUGGCCAAUCAGAUCUCAUCUACACCCUCCAUCUGAGCACACCACCCUCUGAAGUCACAUACACCAGUCCGGUCAUAACCCGACUGUCCAAUCAUACCAGCCACAAUGAAGUGUACUCAAUGCCAUUAUCAAACCUUGAGCCAGACACCAACUACUCUUAUAAUCUGACAGCCAUGACUUGGUAUGGAGAUCUUCAGUUUAAGAUUUCUGGCAACUUUCGGACCUUGGACCCAAGUUCUUUGAGUGUGGGGGAGCUACAACUGUCUGUGCUGACUUCAUCGUCUGUACAAGUUACCUGGUCUCCGCUGGCGCUGUUGCCAGGGGUGACGGUAGUAGGUCAUGUGAUACGUUAUCAAGAGCUACCCCUAGGACAGGAAACGUCACUAUCAAUCAAUCAAGUCUCCAAUUCAUACGAGGUCAUUGGACUAAAAGAGGGGGUGGUCUACUCGUUUGUUGUCAUGGCAAUCAUAUUGGAGGAGAGUGGGCGUGUGCUCCCAACUGGAGAGUGUACAAAGAGCGAAAUUUUCAUAUCAGGCUCUGAAGUGCUCCAGUUGACGGCUGUUGGUUCCUUCUCCGCUCACUGCACUCGCUGGGAGACAGCUGAUGAAGAAGCUCUACUCUCAGCCAUCAGCUCCACUGUCCUUAGUAGAAUAAGAGGGUCACUGGAUCCAAACUACCCCUCAAGCAAUAUACGUGACGGUUACAUCAUCUGCCACUCGCCCACCCCCACACACAGACUAACAUACAGGGCUCGGAUAUUAGCCACUGCUGACCUUUCGAUCACUCGUUUACUUCGUCUACUACAAACCUGGUCCGAUAACGAAUUCGUCAUAGAACAAAAUACGAUGUUAACCACACCCCUAACCACACCUAUUUUGUUAUUGGACUCUAAUUGCCCCGUGUCGGUCAGAACUAUGGCCUACCCCCUGUGUGAAGCAGUUGACCUUUCGACCCCUGUUGCACUGGAGAGUGGGUGUGUGAGUGUGCCGAUAUUUGUUGCAUCUCUUGUAGCGUUGUGUUUGUUCCUGGUCGUCAUUACCAUGGUGAUCAUCGUCUGCAUACUGGUGUGGUCGCAAGGCACGAAAAUAAAAAAUUCUGUGACGGGUGAAGCCAGACAAGAUCCACCGCCUGCCCCCUUGUCUCUCUACAACCUGUACACGCCCACUCCAGAUACCGUGGCAACCCGACAAGCCCCAAACGGCCGCCCCCUCGCUCUCCGAGUGACUAGCAGUGCAAGCUCUGGACCGACUACCACUCUACAAGGGGGUGUGGCUUUAGCGGGUGUGGUCUCAGGAGAGCUGGCGCGAGAGUUUAACUCGUCCCAGAGCCUAGAAGAAGAGACUCAAUCAGAACCUGUUGUUACUAGUAUGGUUGUGACAAGUGUAUGAAGUGUGUGUGUGUGUGUGUGUGUGUGUGUUUUUAGUGUGUUUUUAGUGUGUAAACCAAGAGUUGUGCUUUUAUGCUUUUUUACAGUAAAAAAUUUAUAUUGUCAUUUGCACCGAACGAAUUAAAAUAAAAUUAUUGGUACGUCAACUAAA